UCUCACUUCCAGAUAUUCGUUGAAGUUACUAGAUUUUUAUGAUAUUUUCUAGAACAUUCUAGAUAUUCUACACUUACUUUUAUAAACUUUUCGAUCUUAACGUCAUGUGUCCUGUAGCUAACAUCCAAAUUAAAGCAUUGAAAAUACUGGUUACGGCAAUAAAGAUAAUAAAAAGAAAUAUAUGAUGUUACGAAACCAACAGAUGUUGAACUCGAACCAGUAUCAUCUUUAAUAAAAUCUGUCUCAUGACGUUACGUAUUUACGCCAGUCUACUUAUACAGUUGUAAUGGUUUCUAUCGAUUAUAUGGGUUCGUAUUGACUGUUCGAUAGGAAAAAAAAUAACGAAAGAUUCAAUCCACUUAAAGAAAUAAAAAUGAUUUAUUUCUUUAACUUGAGCCCCCUGGCGACGUAGCGAUAGGUCUGAAGGCUUACAUAGCUAAAAAUCGGGUUUCGAUGCCCGCGGUGGGCAGAACGCAGAUAAACCUAUUGUGUAAUUUAGCGUUUAAUAUACAAACAAAACUGCUCAACUUCAAGUUGACCGGUACACCUAACUUGACGUAUUACGUCUACAGACAUUAUACUUACAUAAUAAUUUUGUAUCUGUAUUUACUUGCUGAAACACAUACAUGUUGUUUGUAAUUAUAUUUACUAGACGAAGCGUAUGCAAUACAAAGCUCUACGUUCAGAAAACUCAAUGUAGGAAGGUUGGUACUUAUUUAAGUAGCUAUAAUUUUCUCCGUGCCACAUGUUCAAAAACGUAACAAAUACGACACACAUUGAAUUUCGCAUUUGAUAUUAAUAUAAUAAGCAGUAGCAAAAAAAAAAUAAAUUAAGUAUGAUGUAGGGAUGGUAACGCUAGGUAGCACAAAAACAAUGUAGUUAUAACGCUGAGUAGUAUCUUUGAAUUUUGGAAUAUGUUCUUUCGUGUCUUUAGGAUGUGGGUAAACAGGAUGUGACGUUUUCCACACUCUCUCUCUGAAUCAUUUAAUCUUGAUUCGGCAAGUCAGCAACUGCAGUACUCUUCCAUGUACAUGUGGAUCUAAAUCCCGAAGAAGCAGAAACAACUGCAGUGUUGCUUUUUAUUUACUUUUGGUAAUAUUAUUUUAUUACUAAGCUACAAUUGUUAAAGGCUUGUUUGUCAUCUUACUGAAGAAGUGGAUCAGUUUAGUUUUAACUACAUGAGUAGACGUUCUUCUGAUUAUUGUUCCACGGAGCAUUACUACAAAUAACAAAAUAAGAAAACUUUAUCACCUAUAGGUGCUAACGCUCAUGAUGAAGUGUUUCGGAGUUGUUGUCCUUCUGAUAGCAGCAACAGGAGAAGGGUUCUACGGCCUCGUCGUUCAACUCAUUGACGGAAUGCAUAUCGAGAACAUUAUUGGAUUGAACAAUCUUUACCGACUUUUGCUUUUGUUGCCAAUUGUGCUAUUCAGUGGUUCACGGAUGCUGUACGACAGAAAAACAAUGUUAAUUUUACUUCUUCGUGGUAUUCUCGGCUCCUUAGCUUUGUCUCUGCUGACCUACUCGUACACUCUACUGCCGAUAGGAGAUGCAGCUUCAUUGUACUUCUGUAGCCCUUUGUAUACAAUGCUUUUCAGUAUUUGUCUCCUGAAGCAUCGUUGUAAGCCUGCGGACGUCCUCGCUGUUUUGUUGUGUUUGUUGGGAGUCGUAUUACUUUACAAACCAGCCUUUCUGUUUACAGACCAAACAAACCAUUCAGAAGAGGUUUUAAAAUCUAGACUUUUUGGCGCCAUGAUUGCAACAUGUGGUGCUUUGUGUGAUGCCUUACUGUUUGUGUGUAGUAACUCUCUGUGUAAAGUACAUUACUCUGUAAUCUCUUUUUACACAGUUCUGUGUACGGUAGUUCCUUGGACUUUGACACUUGUGGUUAAAGGUAUUCCAACAAAUUUCUCGAAGUGUUCGAAUAACAAUUUAUACUUGAUUUUUUUGGCAGUUUUUGGUGUAGUAAUUCUAUUGACCUUGAAUCGAGGGCUUCAACUAAUCAGUCCAGGUCCAGCUAGUAUUAUUUUUUCUAUGGCAAUUCCGAUAGGUUUCCUUGUUCAAGUCUUCAUAAAAGGUAACCCAAUAACCCUGAUAUCUGGAGUUGGUGCUUUGGCGAUCUUUACAUCAGUAUUAAUUUCCAUUUCUUUUGGCUGUACCUGCUUUUGUGAAGCCCUGGAUUCCUCCCUUUUUGUGGAAUACAUAAUGAAACUGAAACAUUAUAUUAGGAUAUUACCAUAUUCGUGA